AUGGCUACCGUCAACAUUCGCCGGGAUAUCUCCGAUCCCUUCUAUCGCUACAAGAUGGAGAAGCUGCAGUCCAAGAUUGAGGGCAAGGGUAACGGUAUCAAGACCGUUAUUGUCAACCUGAACUCUGUCGCCCAAUCCCUCAGCCGUCCCCCUGCCUACGUCAUCAAAUACUUCGGUUUUGAACUCGGUGCCCAGGCCAAUGCCAAGCCCACUGACGACCGUUGGAUCAUCAACGGUGCCCACGACGCGAACAAGCUCCAGGACUACCUGGAUGGAUUUAUUACCAAGUUCGUGCUCUGCAAGAAGUGCAAGAACCCCGAGACCGAUGUCAUCAUCAAGGAUGAGACCAUCACUCUGGACUGCAAGGCCUGUGGCCAGCGUUGCACUGCUGACCCCCGCCUGAAGCUGAGCACCUUCAUUGUUCGCAACCAACCCAAGCCGGGCAAGAAGGAAAAGAAGGACAAGAAGGCCCGCCGUGAGGCCAAGAAGGAGAGACAAAACAACGGCGAGGAUGUCAGCCCCGCUGACAGCAACGGCUCCGAAAAUGGCGAAGAGGAAAACGGUGAUGAGGCUCUUGAGGCUGGCAGCGACGAUGAGCUCGUCCGCCAGGCCAAGAACCUCCAAUUGGAGGAGGAUAUCAAGGACGACGACUGGGCUGUUGACGUUUCCGAGGAGGCUGUCAAGGCUCGCGCCAAGGAUCUCCCUGAUGACCUUAAGCGCGCUGUCGUCAUCGAGGAUGCCGACGCUGAUGAGGCCGAUGGUCCUUCGUCCUACGAGCAGCUGGGUCAAUGGAUCAUCGAAACUGCCGAGGAGGUUGGCAGUGUCACCAAGGUCUCCGAUGUUGACAUUUACAAGAAGGCCAAGGACUUCGGUAUCGAGACUAAGCACAAGACUCUCGCCGUUCUCGCUCAGAGCAUUUUCGACGAGAAGAUUACCAAGCAAAUCGAGGCCCGUGCCCCAUUGCUUAAGAAGAUGAUCACUUCCGACCGCCACGAGAAGGCCUUCCUUGGCGGUACUGAGCGCUUCGUCGGACAGGACCACCCUGACCUGAUUCCUCAGAUCCCUGCCAUCCUUCUUGCCUACUACCAGCACGACCUUGUGUCUGAGGAAACCCUCAAGGCCUGGGGCGCUAAGGCUAGUAAGAAAUACGUUGACAUGUCGAUCAGCAAGAAGAUUCGCAAGUCUGCCCAGCCCUUCCUGGAGUGGCUUGAGACUGCGGAGAGCGAGGAUGAGAGCGACGAAGACAGCGAAUAG